AUGAAAGUGUACAAAGUUGGCGACAUCGUUGACAUCAGGGGUAAUGGAGCAGUUCAAAAGGGUAUGCCACACAAAGUAUACCACGGAAAGACGGGUAGAGUUUACAAUGUAACAGCCCAUGCCCUAGGUGUUAUCGUUAACAAAAGGGUCCGUGGGAGAAUAAUCCCUAAGAGGAUCAACAUCAGGAUUGAACACGUCAAGCACUCAAAGUGCCGCGAAGAUUUCUUAAAACGUGUAAAGGAAAACGAGAGGCUGCUGAAGGACGCCAAAGCUGCUGGCAAAAGAGUUAACCUCAAGAGACAGCCUAAGCCACCCAGGGCUUCUCACAUUGUGAAAGGAAAUGUUAAACCUGUACUACUCGCACCCAUCCCUUACGAGUUUGUAGCCUAA